AUGCCUACUGCCAGUGCAAACUGUUCUGGAAAGAUUUGGUUCUUUGCAAAUCAUGAUAUUGAUAUUACAGUGAUUAAUGAUACAGAGCAACAAUUAACUAUUAAGUUAAUACAGGCUAAUCAAAGUCAUAAUUUUUUUGUUGCUUUGGUUUAUGCUAAAUGCAAUGCUAAUGACAGAUUACAGUUGUGGGAAGAUGUUGAUCAACUUACAACAAUAAUUAGAGAGCCAUGGUUAAUUGGGGGCGAUCUUAAUGUGAUUUUAAAUUCUGAAGAAAAAAUAGGUGGCUUACCCGUCCAUGCGGCUGAUUAUGAAGAUUUUGAGACUUGGAUCUCAUCUUGUGACUUACAAGAAGUGAAUUUUAAAGGAAGCCCUUACACUUGGUGGAAUGGGAGAGCUGGGAAAGAUUGCAUCUUUGAAAGACAUAGAAAACCUUUCAGGUUUUUGAAGUUUUGGACAGAGAAUGAUACUUUUACAGAAGUGGUUAGACUGAAUUGGUGCACUACUAGCUCCCAUAAUCCUUAUUUGGAUUUCAAAGAGAAUAUUAAAUGCAUGAAAGUUUCCCUAACAAGAUGGAGCAGAAAAGCGUAUGGAGAUAUUUUUAAGCAACUUCUCAUUAGGGAGGACAUUAUGAAAAUCAAAGAGAAGUUAUUUGAAGAAGAACCUUUUGUGAUUAAUAGAGAGGUGUUGCAAAGAGCACAAGCAGAAUAUAAGAAGUAUAUUCAUUUUGAGAAGAAGUUUUGGCAGCAAAAAACAGGGUAUGAUUGGUUAGAAAAUGGGGAUAGAAAUACAAGGUUUUUUCAUAGUAUAGUUAAAGUUAGACGAAAGAGGUUACAUAUCCAAGGAAUGCAGAAUAGACAAGGAGAUUGGCUGGAGAAUUAUAUCGAUAUUGUCUCUGAGGCAGUGUCUUUCUUUCAAGAACAAUUUUCUCAAGAGGCAGAAGCAGACUCUUUUGAACUACUUAGAUAUAUUCCUGAAGUCAUAUUUAAUGAAGAAAAUGUUGAUCUUUGUAGAUUUAAUGAAGUUAAAAAAGCUAUUUUUGGAUUAUAUGAAGAUAGUGGUUGUGGUCCAGAUGAAGAUUUUAUCAAAGUUGUUGGGAGCUAG